AUGCAGAACAAUGAAAACAAAUCCCAAAAAACCUAUACACAACAAAUUCUCCAUAAAGAAUUCUUCCAAGCAAGAACGAAAUCCUUUUCUUUUCGUGGCCGCCCAAGCAAUGAUAUGCAAUCUGAAAAUGCAGAUUUACGGAGUCCGCCAUGUCAACAAAAGGAUGAACAACCAAUCAACGAAUGGCAGCGAGACAAAGUACCAAAAAAAAACGUAAAAGAUCCGACAGCCCAACGGAAAGUCGACGAAUAUCCUGAAAUCGCACCUAAAACUAAAGAAUAUAUACCAAAACCAGAACCAAUUUUUGUGACUGGUAUUGUCAACAUAACACCCUUAAGGGAACUUAUAGUCAAAGUUGUGGCUAUUGAUAAGUUUACGAUGACUACGCUAAGAUCAGGACAUAUCAUUAAGCUAAUGCCUGUGGACAUCGAAACCUAUAAAACAAUAAGAGACAAUCUAAUUAAAAAUAACAUCAACCACUACACUUACGAACUUAAGAGUGAAAGGGCGUACAGAGUAGUGAUAAGAGGCUUACAUGCGUCAGAAAAUAUUGACAUGAUUAAAGAAGAGCUGCAAGCCAAAGGGCGUGCCAUACGUCAAAUAGUCAACGAAUUGCAUAGAACAACAAAAUAA